AUGCCACCCAAAAGAUCAAUGGAGGAGACCGAUCGGUUGACGAGAAUUGCAAUCGUCAAUUCCGACAAGUGUAAACCAAAAAGAUGCAGACAGGAAUGCAAACGCUCGUGUCCAGUUGUUAGAAUGGGAAAACUUUGCAUUGAAGUCACUCCAAACAGCAAAAUAGCUUCCAUAUCUGAAGAAUUGUGUAUUGGAUGUGGUAUUUGUGUUAAGAAAUGUCCAUUCGAGGCGAUAUCGAUAAUAAAUCUGCCGAGCAACUUGGAGAAGGAGACAACCCACAGAUACUCGAAAAAUUCCUUCAAACUCCACCGGCUCCCAAUUCCCCGUCCCGGUGAGGUUCUAGGGCUCGUAGGUACCAACGGAAUUGGUAAAUCAACAGCUCUGAAAAUUCUCGCCGGUAAACAGAAGCCAAAUCUCGGCCGUUUCUCCGAUCCCCCAGACUGGACAGAAAUUCUCAGUCACUUUCGAGGCUCAGAGUUACAAAAUUAUUUCACGAAAAUUCUCGAAGACGAUUUGAAAGCCCUCAUUAAGCCCCAGUACGUCGAUCAAAUACCCAAAGCUGUCAAGGGAACAGUUCAGCAACUUCUGGAUAAAAAGGACGAGUGCAACAAGCAACAGGAGAUAUGCAAAAUGCUGGAUCUGACUCACAUUCGUGACAGAGAAAUUCAGGCACUGUCUGGUGGUGAACUCCAGCGAUUUGCCUGCGCAAUGGUGUGCAUUCAGGACGGUGACAUCUUCAUGUUUGACGAACCAUCGUCCUACCUCGAUGUUAAACAACGUUUGAACGCUGCAGUGACGAUAAGAUCACUGAUUCAUCCCGAUAAAUUCAUAAUCGUCGUUGAACACGACUUGUCAGUCCUGGAUUAUCUGUCCGACUUUAUCUGCUGUCUGUAUGGGGUUCCUGGUGCCUACGGAGUCGUCACUAUGCCCUUCUCAGUUCGCGAAGGUAUCAACAUCUUCCUGGAUGGUUUUGUGCCAACUGAGAAUCUCCGUUUUAGGGAAGAAUCACUCGUUUUCAAAGUUUCUGAGAGCUGCACAGAGGAGGAAGUCAAACGAAUGAAUCAUUAUGAGUAUCCAGCAAUGACCAAAACCAUGGGAUCAUUCAGUCUCAAUGUGGAGAAGGGACAGUUCACUGAUUCGGAAAUACUUGUGCUCCUUGGGGAGAAUGGAACUGGUAAAACCACUUUCAUCAGGAUGUUGGCUGGUAAUUUACCCCCAGAUGAGGGCUCUGGAAACAUUCCCAUGUUGCACAUCAGUUAUAAACCACAGAAAAUAAGUCCCAAGAGUCAAGGAAUUGUCAGGCAGCUGCUUCAUGAAAAAAUUCGUGAUGCUUAUGUUCAUCCACAAUUUAUUACUGAUGUCAUGAAGCCUUUGAAGAUCGAUGAUAUUAUGGAUCAAGAGGUGCAGAAUCUGUCUGGUGGUGAAUUGCAGAGAGUUGCACUGGCACUUUGUCUUGGAAAACCUGCUGAUGUCUAUCUUAUUGAUGAACCAUCAGCUUACCUGGAUUCUGAACAACGUUUAGUCGCUGCUAAAGUCAUUAAACGAUUUAUCUUGCAUGCCAAGAAGACUGGAUUUGUUGUGGAGCACGAUUUUAUAAUGGCUACGUAUCUUGCUGACAGAGUCAUUGUUUUUUCGGGUGAACCAUCGUUGAAUACCACUGCUCACACACCCCAGUCUUUGUUGAAUGGGAUGAAUCGAUUUUUGGAACUUUUGGGGAUCACUUUUAGGCGGGAUCCUAAUAACUUCAGGCCCAGGAUUAAUAAGAGCCAGUCUGUGAAGGAUUUGGAUCAAAAACGCGCCGGACAGUACUUCUUCUUGGAGGAGUAAUGGAAAAAAACAUUCGCAAUGUUUGCAUUUUACCUCGGACGGUAGUUGCAAAUCACUGAAGUAAAUGAAAAUCAUCAGCUGCUGCCAACUUACAAUUGAUUGAAUAAAUAAUACGUCAAUGAAUAUAUAUGAAUAUUGGAGAAGGAUGUGUAAUAAAAAUUGGCAAACAAGAUAUUAACUUCAGUGAAUGAAUUUAAA